UCACUUAGUUUUCCUUCGAUCUUGUGAUAUAACAAAAAUGGGUAUUCAUUCGAAUAAACAAGCCCUUAUUUUAUCGAUGAUCGUUUCUUUAAGUAUACUGAGUCGAAAUGGAGUUGAGGGAACAAUAUCAAGUUUUGUGUUCGGAGAUUCACUUGUAGAUGCAGGAAAUAACAACUACAUUAUAUCGUUAUCAAAGGCGAAUUACGUGCCUAAUGGUAUCGAUUUCGGAAGGCCGACGGGAAGAUACACCAAUGGACGUACCAUUGUUGAUAUCAUAGGCCAGCAGCUGGGAUUAGCAGGAGGAUUUAGCCCACCAUACUUGGCUCCAAGCACAAAAGGGAGUGUGAUUAUGCAAGGAGUUAAUUAUGCUUCUGGUGGUGGUGGCAUUCUCAACCAUACUGGCGCCAUUUUUGGUGGGAGAUUGAAUUUUGACGCGCAAUUGGAUAACUUUGCAAACACAAAGCAAGAUAUUAUCGACAGUAUAGGAGAAGCAGCAGCAAAUGAGCUUAUUAAUAAAGCCUUGUUUUCAGUAACAAUGGGUUCCAAUGACUUCAUCAACAAUUACUUAACUCCAAUAUUUUCUAAACUAGAGCAGGAGUUGGUGUCACCUGAUUCUUUUGUAGGUGCUAUGAUAUCAAAAUACAGUAUACAACUUACGAGACUUUACAAUAUGGGAGCAAGGAAGAUAGUAGUAGUAAAUGUUGGACCAAUUGGUUGCAUACCUUACGAGAGGGAUACGAACCCAUCAACUGGAGAUGAUUGUGUUGCACUCCCUAAUCAAUUAGCUCAAUCAUUUAAUCUCCGAUUGAAGAGCUUAAUUACAGAACUAAGCAACAACCUCGAGGGAUCUAAGUUCGUUUAUGGAGAUGCUUACAACAUCGUUAGUGAUGUCCUCGCUAAUUACCAAAGUUAUGGUUUUGAAAAUGCAAAUUCAGCAUGUUGCUAUGCGGGUGGGCGUUUUGGAGGUUUAAUUCCAUGUGGUCCGACAUCUAAGUAUUGCAGUGAUAGGUCAAAGUAUGUGUUUUGGGAUCCAUAUCAUCCAUCUGAUGCUGCUAAUGUGCUGUUUGCCAAUCGUCUGAUUGAUGGGGAUAUCAAUGAUGUUUCACCAAUUAACAUCCGCCAACUAGUCAACUCUUGAAACUCUAUACGGAAACUCAAAAGUAGGAAGAAUUUCAUGAAAUGAGUAUUAGAUAAAUAAGAUAAUACACGAAGCUCACUUAGAUUAGUAAAUAUUUUAAGCAUGAAGUAAUUAGCCAAUUAGGGUCCUUAAGGAAAGCUAGUUAGGGCUAAUUUUUGUAUCUUUAUGAUUCAUUUUUUUGAUGAUAUUGAAAUAUAAGUGCUAUUGGUAAUUAUGUAUGUUUCCUUGGAAAGAAAAUGAUACGAGUAGAAUUUAUAAGUUUUUAUAUUAUAUUAUUUGGAAUAAAUGUCAAAGAAAACAACAAAAUAUUGGGGGAUGCAACAAUUUAGUUUACUUCUAUGAACUUUCAUACAAUUUUUUUUUUUUUUUUGGGCUGUACAUAUAUAGCUAAUAGCUCGACACCUUAAACCUAGCCAAAACAUUUGUCAAUGUGAUACUUUAGAAAUAGAGCUUCGCUUGUUUAAAUUUAAGCUCUAAUGAACUUAUAAUAAGAACGGUUCAAGAUUUAAAUCGCCAAACAAGCUUUACACAGUACAUGCUAAAUCUUCUUUGAAAGUUAACAUGUUCGAGUUUGAACAAAUUUUACAUGAUCAUAAAAGAACUAAUAGAUGAACAUGAAAGGAGCAGUUCAUAAGCUCAAAAAAAUUAGAACAUCAAGAUGUUCAAGCAUAAUUAUGUCCUUAACGACCAAUUAAGCUUUCACCAUGCUUGUUCACUAAGGGGCCGUUUGGUUGGGGGUAUUCAACAAAGGGAAAGGGAAUCAACUGUCAUGAUUCCCUUUGUUGAUGUUUGAUAGGCAAAUUCAAUCAUUCCCUUUACCCCUCCCAUUACCCCAUUUCCCUUUACUUUCAUUCCCCACCCACCCCCACCCCCCAAGGGAAUCACCCUAACCCCCAAACUCCUCUUCACCCAACUACCUUGACCAACCUUUUAACUACCUUGACCACCCUCGAAACACCAACUGCCCACCGACACCACUGCCCAACCAACCUCACCGGACCUCACUCACUUUUCGCCGGAACUCGCCGCCCCUCACCGGAACAUCGCCGGCCUCCCCCGACCCUCGUUGCCCCUCACCGGAAGCUCGUCGCCCCUCCUC